CAAUGAACUAUGCAUAACUGGUAAGCUUACGUGACGAUGGAGCCCGAACCACGUGAAGUUAGACCCACCUAUAUGGUUAAUACUUAAUAGUAAAAGUAUGACCGUAAUCAUUAUCCUUUAGCAUCUGUUAAAUAGUGCUUUUAUGUGUUCAUGUCAUUAGUAUCUAAUUAAUCAUAUUCUUUUGUAUUUUGCCCUGUAGUAAUGCCACCAAAUUCUAAACUACUUCUAUUGAUUUACAUGGUCUUUUGUCGAUAAUUUACAUGUUUGUUCGUACCAGCUACCGACAAUUUUGGUUUUGAACUGACAUGUUUAGACCGUGAGAGUUUUAUUUUUACAAAAUAUAUCUUACUAAUGAAUACUAUUUACAAUUCAACUCAAAACCGCUGUUUUUCAAUUAUGAUGGUUCAAAUUCUUAAUUUGAUUUGAGCUCACCUAACAAAAACCGAAGUAAGAGAUUAUUUCAUGGCCUAGUUUUACACCAGCAUCAGAUUGAAUAAUUAAAAUUAUAGCAAAAAGUAAGACAGUUUAGAUCUUGUCUGGUAUUGGUUGAUAGUGCUACGACAAAAACAGUGUUGUGGAAUAAAAAAGCCCCUUUUAAUGUUAGGUUGAUAAAUGAAAGUUUGGCUAAAUUUUAUGAAGCAUUUUACAACAACAAUUAUGCCAUUUCAUUAUAUAUAAAAUCAAACGUCAGCCUAACUUUUUCAAUGAACCAAACAACAAGUGUGUAUCAAAUAAAGUAUACUUAUGGAGAUGGACAGUUCACGGGUGUGUGUGUGUCCGGAACCCAUAUGGACGGGUAAUGGUAAUGGUAAUGGCCAAGAGAGGUUGUAAUAUGAUACCACAUUAUAUAAUGAAUAAUAUGGGUUUUAUAAAAAAUACAUAUGGAGAUGGACAGUUCACGGGUGUGUGUGUUUGUCCGGAACCCAUAUGGACGGGUAGUGGUAAUGGUAAUGGCCAAGAGAGGUUGUAGUAUGAUACCACAUUAUAUAAUGAAUAAUAUGGGUUUUAUAGAAAAUAGUCUUACAAAUAACAAAUCCAAAAUGCAAUUCCCUGACAAACGUUGGUUGGAAACAAAAUACUAACAUUCGUACAUUCAACUCACUUACUCACGUACUAUUAUAUGACGAUGUGGUUUGUUAUUUUCUCAACCCAUCAUUCCGAUAAAAUCAAAACUAACCCCCAGUACUGUGUUCCACAAAAUUAUAAGUACUUAGUAUACUAGGACAUGAGUUCGAUGUACGUGUGUUUCCCCCACAUCUUCUGUUGUUGGAUUCUCGAACCUUUUGGCCAUUUGGGGGACCACCAACACCAAGUUUGGUAACGGUAUUUUUCGAAGGACUCCUUGUUGGGAAACUCAAUAGCUGGUACAAAGUUCACAAGAUCACUAAUACAAUAUAGUUAUUGCAACACACAUCCAUCAGCUGGUACCGGUUUCAACAAAUACUUUGGAAGUGGAAACAAUAAGAAUAUAUAAAUUCAAAAUAGCUGCAGUAUAUAUAUAUAUAUAUUUAUUUUGAACUGGUAUAUAUAUAUAUAUAUAUAUAUAUUUUUAACUGGUAUAUAUAUAUAUAUAUAUUUUUUUUUUUUUUGAACUGGUAUAUAUUUUUCUGUUUAACGCAAUUUCAUUCGCAGUGUAUGCAUAAAUACUCAUCUAUUUAUAAACCAUCUAAUCUAAUCUCAAUGCAUAUUUAGUGAACAAACCCUAAUAUGAUUUUUUUUUUUUGUAAAAGCAGUCAAAGCUAAACAAUUUCAGAGAAAACGAAAAUGAAACCCAAAUAAUUAGCGCUGUUAUCAUACUUCCAAAACAAUUUUUGCUCAGUUAUCAUCCGAGUUUGAUUGGUAAACGUUUGUCAUAUCUACGGGCCUAAACUAUUUUCACGUGUGCUGAGAGUCACAAAGCCCAAUAAAGCCCAACUCAGUGCAGUGGCACAACGAACUACUGAAGUUGCUAGAGAUCCAGCGAACUUCCGAGUUCAUCUAUAAUUAGCAGUGUCCAUAACUCUCUGUGUUUGUCUUUGGUCUUUACCUCUUUACCCUCUGUGUAUGUAGGUUCCCAUUUGUGUUUGAAUCAUCUACAACAAUAUGUACUGUAACUUCUUUAGAUCAUUUAAAAAAAAAAACAACUCCAAAUUUUUAAUCAUCAUACGUAUUUGCAUACGUGUCUGUAUGACUCUACGGGACUUGUAACAACAUUUACUUCCAAUGAGACUGACAUCUCCCCACAUGGGGGAGAAAUGUUUGUCCUCUAGGCAGGAAAAAGUAAAGUUAUUACAAUCAUAAAAUAAUUGAGGGUUCCUAAUUUAAUGUUCAAAAAUCUUAUCGGGAGUUUUUAAUAUCUGUCAGACCUAUAUUUUUUUACAUGUCACAUGUUCUCAGCAAAUGCAGUGAACUUAUCGGUUACCACUAAAUGCAAUGAACUUUGUUGGUUAUUGGAGAAGAUUACAAUUAAUUGUAGUAAUUACUUUUUUCACCAAUAAGAUACUGCAGAAGUAUUACUAUUCAGAUACAACUAACCAUGUAUCGAUCUCCUACGCCGUGUGGACUCGUGUAUCUGAUGGAUACAUUGCAACUUAUUUACCUAAAACACGUAUAAUUUUAUGGUCAAAUCUUAGUUAAACAUUUGCCUAAGCAAAGUCAGACCUUUUUAGGUAACUUGUAUUUUGACUUGUUGGAGAUGUUUACUAUUCAUAACUUUGGAUCUGAAUCAUCUGACCAUGCACAAAACUAUGAAAACAUUAAAGAUAAUUACUAAAUACAUAGAACCAAUGGUGGUACACGUUGGAAAGAGUUUUUAAAACGAAUUCUUCUUCAACUCUGAUAAUCACUUACUUCAAAUGUAGUAGGAUCGAAUAUCUUUCUACUUUGCAAAGAGUUCCAUAUUUCAUUUAAUUCAUACUUUUUAUAAUAGUUAAAAAUUAUAAAUUGACUAUUAUUUAAACAAAAGAAUUUACCAUUGCAUGCGCUCAAUUCGGAUAAUCACCGUCUACCUAACCCCAUGUGUUUUAACCCUCCCUAUAUAAACUCACUAUCUCGAUCUCAUCACUCGAAACAAAUCAAACACUCUCUCUCUAUCUCUAUCUCUCUCUCUUUCUCUGCUCCCUAUCCAUCUUGUCUGAAUCCACAACUCACAAUGUCGGAGAGACCAAGCCGUCACCAGAGAAGACCUUCUCAGACCGUUUUUCCUAUCUCUCUCGAGGAUCUCUCAGACAUCUCUCUCACAGCAAAUCCUCCAUCCUCUAUCCCUUCUCAGCCACCACGCCAUCAGAUCCCUCCGCCAUCUCCGGCAGCUCCUCCGGCAAACCGUCACAGCAAUGACGACAAUGUUAGCAAGGAAGGGAACGCCUCUUCUAAUUGAUAUCAAAUUAUCCUUUGUUUUAAUUUAAAAUAUAAGCCAUUUUGUUGUUGUUCUUCUGUCUUCUUUUAAAGCUCUCGCUUAAUGAUCAGAUUUGUCUUUGUUUAAUAACUGAAAUGAUAAUGAAUCGAUCGUAAUUUUGUAUUUACAUAUGUUAAAUGAUUUUGGACU